AUGGCCAAGUCUCAAAAAUUUAGAGGAGUUAGGCAAAGGCAUUGGGGUUCUUGGGUUUCAGAGAUUAGACACCCUAUAAUGAAGACAAGAAUUUGGUUAGGGACAUUUGAGACGGCCGAGGAUGCAGCACGAGCUUACGAUGAAGCAGCAUGGUUGAUGUGUGGAUCAAGGGCUAGAACAAAUUUUCCUUACAAUCCAAACGAGUUCAGAAAUACACGCGUUCUUUCGCCUACUUUAACGGCUAAGUUACAAAGAUGUUGCAUGGGUUCAUCGGCACAAGAACGGUUGGCUAAACCGGAAACAGUCGAUGAGACAAUGGAGAAGCAUGAUAAUGGUAGUAUGGAUGACGAGUACAUUCAAGAAAUGAUUAGUGAGCUUAUUUACUAUGGUUCAGUUGAGAUUUCUUCUGCCCCUUCACAAUCAUCAUCCUCGUCAUCGUCUUCUUCUUCCUUUUCAACUUAA